AUGAAGUUUGCACUUGGAACCACAGCCCUUCUUGCCGUUGGCGCUUCUGCCUUUGCCCCUGUCAAGGGUACCUCUGGAUCUGCUGCUCUUUUCAGCACUGCCGCGUCAGAAGAAACCUACACUUUCACCAAGAGUGAGGAAAUUUUCGCAGAGGCCAAGGAGUUGAUGCCCGGUGGUGUUUCUUCCCCCGUCAGAGCCUUCAAGUCCGUCGGUGGAAACCCCGUCGUGUUUGAUCGUGUCAAGGGUGCCUACGCUUGGGAUGUCGAUGAGAACAAGUACAUUGACUACGUCGGUACCUGGGGACCUGCCAUUUUGGGACACGCCGAUGACGAUGUUCUAGAUGCCGUCAAGGCCACCAUGGACAAGGGAACUUCCUUUGGUGCCCCAUGUCCUUUGGAAAACGAAUUGGCCAAGGCUGUCAUCGCUGCCGUUCCAUCGGUCGAGAUGGUUCGUUUCACCAACUCUGGAACUGAAGCCUGCAUGGGAAUGAUCCGUCUCGUACGUGCCUACACCAACCGCGAAAAGGUCAUCAAGUUCGAGGGAUGCUACCACGGACACGCCGAUUCCUUCUUGGUACAAGCUGGAUCCGGUGUCGCCACUUUGGGUCUUCCUGACUCUCCAGGAGUUCCCGCUUCUGCCACCAAGGCCACUUUCUGCGCCGAAUACAACAACCUCGAAUCGGUCAAGAAGAUCCUAGAGGAAAACAAGGACGAAAUCGCUGCCAUUAUCCUGGAACCCGUCGUUGGAAACUCUGGAUUCAUCAAGCCCGACCAGGAAUUCUUGCAAGGACUCCGUGAUUUGGCCACUGAAAAUGGAGCCCUUCUUGUCUUUGACGAAGUCAUGACUGGAUUCCGUGUUUCGUACGGAGGAGCCCAAGAAUACUUUGGAAUUACCCCCGAUGUCACCACCAUGGGUAAGGUUAUCGGAGGAGGACUUCCAGUCGGUGCCUACGGUGGCCGCAGGGACAUUAUGGAUUUGGUCGCCCCUGCUGGACCCAUGUACCAAGCUGGAACUCUUUCCGGAAACCCAUUGGCCAUGACUGCUGGUAUCGAAACCUUGAAGAAGUUGAGCAAGCCAGGAGUUCACAAGGAAUUGGAACGCAAGUCCUCCAAGUUGGUCGACGGAAUCGUUGCCGCCGCCAAGAAGCAUGGACAUGCCAUCUGUGGAGAUUAUGCCGGAGGUAUGUUCGGAUGGUACUUUGUUGACGGACCCGUCAAGAACUUCCAAGAAGCCAGCAAGGCCGAUGGAGAAAAGUUCGGAAAGUGGCACCGAAUGAUGUUGGAGAGAGGUGUCUACCUUGCUCCUUCCAUGUACGAAGCUGGAUUUAUGUCAAUGUCACACACUGACGAAGACAUUGAGAAGACCAUUGCCAUUGCCGAUGAAGUCCUUUCUCAACUGUAA